AUGGAGCGGAAGAGUUAUGGGAAAAGCCUUCAGGAUUCGACGACGGUUUUCAUCACAGGUUUCCCUGACCAUUUCAGAGCUAAGGAUCUUUACAAGGUGCUUUUCGAUUAUGGUGCGAUUGAUGAAGUUGCCAUUCUGUCUAAGAAGGACAAGAGAGGUAGAAAAUAUGGAUUUGUUAGAUUCUUUGAGGUAGCAGACGUGAGGAGAUUAAUGUUGAAGAUGGAUAACUUGUUCAUUGAAGGUCGGAAACUCCAUGCUGACCUUUCUAGAUUUUCGAGAGUAGUGGAAAGAAUGUUUUCAAGGGAGAAAGGUGUUAAUCAUAGUGGUUCUAAAGAAGAUCCAAGAGGGUUACAAACUAACCUAGGUGCAGGCACGGAUGCAUGCAUAAUGGAAUGGGGUCAAGUGACGCCACUUGAUUUUUCUUUCUAA